AUGGGCCUGGUGUCGUCGGUUCUGGCCGCCGACCCAGAGCAGGCGAGGAAGGCGGAAAUGCGCGGGGGUCUGGCAUCGGAUGAGAGUCUGGUAUCCGAUGACGAGCUGGGUUCGGACGACGAGCUGGGUUCGGACGACGAGCUGGGUUCGGACGACGAGCUGGGUUCGGACGACGAGCUGGGUUCGGACGAUGAGCUGGGUUCGGACGACGAGCUGGUUUCGGACGACGAGCUGGUAUCCGACGACGAGCUGGGUUCGGAUGAUGGCUCAGGAUCCAACGACGAGUUGGCAUCCCAUGACGAGCUGGGUUCGGACGACGAGCUGGGUUCGGACGACGAGCUGGAUUCGGACGACGAGCUGGUAUCCGACGACGAGCUGGCAUCCCAUGACGAGCUGGGUGCGGAUGAUGGCUCAGGAUCCAACGACGAGUUGGCAUCCCAUGACGAGCUGGGUUCGGAUGAUGGCUCAGGAUCCGACGACGAGUUGGCAUCCCAUGACGAGCUGGGUUCGGAUGAUGGCUCAGGAUCCGACACCGACGCAACAGCUGCAACCAUCACUACCCGUUACCCGCGGUUCAAGGCACAGAUCGAGAUCGCGUUCAAGCCCUCGACAGAGCUCGGCGCUGUGACGCGGGUCCGCGGGAGAAUCACUGGCGGAACGCUGACCGCCACUGGCGGCAAUGUCGGCGCGCAGGUGGCGGUGGCCAUGGAGCCGCAGAAUACCAUCUCGUCGCAGCUGACAGCCCACAUCAAGACUUCGCUGGCGCUUGUGGUCGAGGGCGGCGCGGCACAGUGUGGCCUCCCGCCGUUUGCCAUCGGCUCGGCAGAGGUAGACGGCGCGCAGGUUCGCGUCGCCUUGGCCGGUCUUCUCGGCUCGUCGCUCCAGCAGCAGCUCGAGACCGGCCUCCUCACCUCAGAGCCAGCGACACUAUUCAGCUCGAUGGCGGCUGCGCUUGGCGAGGUCCACGCUGCCGGCCUCGUCCACACCGACGUCAAGCCUGCCAACUUUGUGCUCUGCCUCGGCGACGCCCUCCCGGUCCACCUCAUCGAUUUUGGCGGCGCACUGCGUGUCGCCUUUCUUUCGUCGCAGAAUGCACGCGCCGUCCGCGGCUGCUGGGGCUCACCGCUCUUUAUGGCGCCCGACCAGCACGUCCGCGAGCCGUACCGUGGCACGCCGGGUGCCGUCAUCGCUGACGACUUGCUCUCGCUCGCUUACUCUGGUGUUGCUCUUGCCAACGGCGGCGCUCUGCCGCCGUGCGCUUGA